CGCUCCCCGUCCCGCAGGAGGAGGGCAUGGCGCCGUCCUGGGGCCCAGCGCGUCCCCCCGGCGGGGGGAGCUGGCCCGCGGGCCGCGGCUCCCGGGGCACCAGCCCGGGCUGGUUCUGAGCUCCCGCGUCCCGCUCCCGCCCCGGCGCUCCCGGCGCCGCGGGGAGGCGGCCGCCCCGGCGGGGAAGCUUGGGCCUCGCGCGCCGCCGUCCCGCGGAGCAGCCGCGCCCCAACGGCUCUGCCCGCCCGGCCCGGCCCGGCCGCCAUGUCCGCCCUGCCGAAAGCCUCCGGCGCCCUCCGAUCGGUGGAUUACGAAGUGUUCGGACGAGUGCAAGGUGUUUGUUUCAGGAUGUACACAGAAGAGGAAGCUAGGAAAUUAGGAGUGGUUGGCUGGGUUAAAAAUACCAGCCAAGGAACUGUAACGGGGCAAGUUCAGGGCCCAGAAGAUAAAGUAAAUGCAAUGAAAUCCUGGCUGAGUAAAGUUGGAAGCCCAAGUUCUCGCAUAGAUCGAACAAAUUUUUCUAAUGAAAAGGAAAUUCCCAAGCUUGACUUCUCAGGAUUUAGCACUAGAUACUAAUAGUAAUAAUAACAUCACUAGGCAUGAAAUUAUGAUGGUUCUGCUCCAUGAUAUUUUCUGAGCCUCCAUAAAAUGUCGCAGAAGUUUUUGGAUGCUUUUCAUUUUAGAGAUAAUUAUAAAUGGUCCCUGUUCACAUGAAGUAAGAAUUCUUAGUUGCUGUAUUAGGCAUUUUCCACCAUGAAUGCCAGUAUUUAAUACCUAAAAUUAUAGCAUCUAAAUUAUUGCAUCUUGAAAGCUAGAUAAAUGGUUAAAAGUGUCAGUGAUUAUUUGUGCACAGUGAGACUUGUUAUAUGCAAUGAUAUGGCACUUUAACACUGUGAUACAUAUUUUAGAUGCAAAAUAAUAAAUGUAUGUUCUACUGUUUGUAAUAUCACCCAAAAUACUUAACUAUAGAACUGGAACACUGAGAAGUCUAUUGUAACAGCUCUGUAGUAAAGAUCAUGUUAUUUGUGAUGAUUAGUUAAGACAUAGCGGUAAUUUAAAAUAAAUUUAUGUUACCUCAAACUAAGAUUAUCUAACCAGCUCUGGUUUAAAAUUCUCUAUAAUAAUGCAGAUAAGUCUUUGAACAAGAUGAUUAAAUGCAUGAUGUCUCACCCCUUUUUCCUUGUCUACCUACAGCUUACUUCCGUAGUGGUUAUAAAGGAUGUUUUGAUCAUUUUGGUUUUUCAAUAUUCGGUUUUCUUUAUGGAUGUGUAUUUGCUCCUUAGUUAAGAAUGUGUGUUGGAAUCUGAUUCAACAUGAUGCACCCACUAAAGGUCCUGAGAAACUCGAGUUACAUGCUUGCAAUAAAUAUUGGAUCUCA